GUUUCUUCCCAAUUCCCCUUCUGCCCUUCGUCCCCCGCGUCUGCACGCCGUCGCCGUCACCGUCGCCGUCUUUCCCACGCCGCCGCGCCACGAUCCCUCGCCGAUUCGAGGCAGGCCCGGGGCUCCGUACACCCUCGCGCGCGUCAGGGGCGAUGGCGCACCCGAUGUACGGCUCCGGCCCUCUCCGAUCCAGGAACGCGGCGAGCUCGGACGAGAUCCAGCUGCGGAUCGACCCGGUGCACGGGGACCUCGACGAGGAGAUCGACGGGCUGCACUCCAGGGUCCGCAUGCUCAAAGGGGUGGCCCAGGAGAUAAAUUCUGAAGCCAAGUUCCAGAAUGAUUUCCUUAACCAAUUGCAAAUGACCCUUGCAAAAGCUCAGGCAGGAGUGAAGAAUAACAUGCGAAGGUUGAACAAGAGCAUCAUCCAGCAGGGCUCAAAUCAUGUUCUCCAUGUUGUCCUCUUCGCUCUGUUUUGCUUCAUGGUUGUCUAUCUCCUGUCAAAGUUCUCUAGAAGAUAGUUUCAUUGUCAAGUGGCAUCAAAUCUAGGAUACCUUGAGUUGUAUGUAGUCUAAAGAAAAAAUAUGGUAUCUGUUGUACUUUGUGUCUCAUGACAAACCAGAAAAAAGGAGGGAAAUAUUUACUCUUAUAAGAUCACUUCUAACCUCUUCGAUGCUAUUCUAUCUGUUAGGUGCAUCGGGCACAGGUUUGUGUUAAGCAAAUACUCAGUGUAUCACAGCCCUCGAGUGCGUGCAACGAGUGUGGAUCAAAACUAUCAUAGGAGCAAGAAAGCUUCAAUUGAUCGGAAACUGUAUAUAGCUUGUACGUGAAUCCAUUCUGAAUUGUUUUUAUAGCAUUUCAUUUCAUUAUAAAUGGCUGAAGCUAUUUCAGAGCU